CGAAGAAAUUUGACAAGAUGAGACUCCGGGUGAAGUUUAUGACCGGUGAGAUUAUUGAACUUGAUAUCGACCCUUCCAUCCAAGUGUCAGCUCUCAAGAAGAUGAUAUAUGAAAGAACCAAGGUGCCCCAUUUCCGACAGCGCUUGGUGGUGCAAAAUGGAAACACUGAAGAGCUGCAGGACAGCAGGAGGCUGUCUGACUACAAUGUCUCUCCCAGUCAUGAGGUCAUGCUGAUUGUCAAGAAUGAGGAGCGCAUGCAGAUAUUCCUGAAGAAUGACAAGGGGAAAACAUCUACAUAUUAUGUUCUUCCCUCUGAGUCUGUUCAGGAUUUUAGAGCACGAGUACAACGGCAGGAGGGUGUCCCAGCCAGUCAGCAACGUCUGGUGUGCGAGGGGAAACAACUGGAGGAUGGUCGGACACUCGCCGACAACAAUAUUCAGUCUAAGAGCACCAUCUUCCUCCUACUACGUCUACGAGGUGGUUAA